AGGUGGUCGACGACAUGGGCAACGUGAAGUUUGCGCUGGACACAGGCCCGGACACCCCCGGCAACAGCUGGCUCAAAUACGUCCGCUCUGCCCUGUCAUUUGAGGAGCAGAACCUUGCCGCCUGUCACCUCACUGGAGACCAGAUGUAUUAUAAAGCUGUCCGGGACAUUGAAGCAGGGGAGGAGCUCUUAGUGUAUAUGAAGGACGGUAUUUUCCCCGAGGGAUCCAUGGCACCCAACCUACAAGACGAGCAGAUGUACCGGUGUGAAGACUGUGAUGAGCUGUUCUCCUCAACACUUGAGCUGCGGCGGCACCAGAAGUAUUCAUGCACCAGUAGCGGCUCCAUCUUUGACACACUGAGAGAGGACUUCAAACAGGAGCGCGAGGACAGCGACGAGCCUAUCCACGAGUGUAAAGACUGUGAGAAGAUCUUCCCGAAUGAGUACAGUCUGGGCCAACACAUGAUAGUCCACACAGAGGAGAGGGAGUACAAAUGUGACCAGUGCCCCAAAGCCUUCAACUGGAAGUCCAACCUCAUCCGUCACCAGAUGUCACAUGACAGUGGCAAGCGUUUUGAGUGUGAAAACUGUGAUAAGGUACAGCAUACCCGGCACGUGUUCACAGAUCCUAGCAACCUUCAGCGUCAUAUCCGCUCCCAGCACGUGGGGGCACGCGCUCACACAUGUCCUGAGUGUGGCAAGACCUUUGCUACUUCGUCAGGCCUCAAGCAGCAUAAGCACAUCCACAGCAGUGUCAAACCCUUUAUCUGCCCUGAUGGGCUGUCUCCUUUUGUUCCCCCAGGCGAGGUGUGCCACAAAUCCUACACCCAGUUCUCCAAUCUCUGCCGCCACAAGCGCAUGCAUGCUGACUGCCGCACCCAGAUCAAGUGCAAGGACUGUGGACAGUUGUUCAGCACUACCUCCUCCCUCAACAAGCAUCGUCGCUUCUGUGAGGGCAAGAACCAUUAUGGCUCUCCAGCAGGGAUGUUCAACCCUGGCAUCCCCAUGAGCUCCAGUCCCAUCAUGGCUAAGAUAAAGUCCCACCACCCCCACCUUUCAGGUCUAAACCAGUCAGGUUUAGGCUUCACUGACUACUUUCCCUCCCGACCUCACCCUCACGCUGGCAUGCCCUUCUCCCAUGGACCCCAUGGCUUCCCAUCCCUCCCUCAUGGUUUUCCAGGUAUCUUCUCCCAAUCACUCUAUCCGCGACCACCUUUAUUGCCGGCUAGUUCGUUGCUAAAGAGCCCGAUGGGCGGUGGCAGUCAGGAGGUGAAACUUCCUCGGAGUCCCCUAGAUGCCCCUCCACUGUCCAUGGUUAGCUCCACAAACAGCAAUGGAGGAAACCGUUUGAGUCAGCUGGAAGACAAAGAAAAAGAGAACAAACUGGAUUUGUCUUCUGGAGAAGCCAAGACAAAAUCUAAGCUUGCAGACAUGUCUGAUGGUAGUGACCUCGAAGACGUUAAUACCACAAGUGGGACAGAUUUGGACACCACCACUGGUACGGCUUCAGGUGAUGGUUCUGACCUGGAGAGUGAUGGAGAGAGUGAACGUGAGCGAAGUGGUAAAAGAAGGAAGCAGUCUGAAGCCAUAUCAAGUCAGGAAGGCCACCAGUUAGAAGACAUGAACAGUGCGUUGAUAUCAGCCAUGUCUAGUUCUGGUAACUUCGCUAUUGAUCGUCCCUUUCUUUCAUCUGCAUCCCAUCACUCCUUCUUCCCUCCGCCUGAUGAGCAAGCCCUCCCGCCCACCCACACAAAUGCCAAUGCAGCCACCACAGAUUCCAUCAAAGCCAUCGCCUCUAUUGCUGAGAAAUAUUUUGGUCCAGGUUUGAUUGGUCUCCAUCAGGAGAAGAAAAUGGGUCCAUUGCCCUACCAUUCCAUGUUUCCCUUCCAGUUUCUACCCAACUUUCACAACUCCCUCUAUCCCUUCAGUGCUGAUCGAGGUGCCCUCAAUCCUAAUAUGUUCUUUAAGGCAGAGCCCAAGUCACCUCGCGAGCAGCUGCACAAGAUGGCUUCUGGUGCCCCAGGAGUUCCUGCUUCAUCAGGAGAGUCCGCAUUUGAUCUCACCACAAAGCCCAAGGAGACUAAGUUAGCUCCUCCCACCCCAACACACCCCUCAAACCCCAACAGUAGUACUGGGAGCAGUAGCGGACCUUCAGCAAAAUCUAGUGGUGAAGAACAGCCAUUGGACCUCAGCAUUGGCGGCCGGAGCCGAGGUGGUCAUAAUGGUGUGGCAGCUGAGCCACAUCAUAGAAAGAAUCACCUAUACGGAGUUGGAAAGGGGGUCUCCAUCAAGGACGAAAACCCAUCUGGGUUUCCUCAUCCCCAUUCCCAUUUGUUGCACCAAUCCUCCAUCGCCCAGCACCAGCAGCACCAUCCCCAGCCACACCAGCCUCCACCCCUGCACUACGCCAAGCCCUCCGCAUUCUUCAUGGACCCCAUAUACAGCAGGGUGGAAAAGAGGAAGCUACUCGACCCCGUGGGAGCUCUGAAGGAAAAAUUCCUCAGGCCCUCAGCACCACUCUUCCAUCCACAGAUGUCAGCCAUGGAGAACAUGACAGAGAAGCUGGAGAGCUUUGGUGCUCUGAAGCUGGACAUGCCACACAAUUCGCUUCAACACGCUCAUCCACUGUUCAAUUUCCGCUCCCCUCCACCUUCCCUCUCAGACGCCAUCCUCCGCAAAGGCAAAGAGCGUUACUCCUGCAGGUACUGUGGGAAAAUCUUUCCUCGUUCGGCAAACCUCACAAGACACUUGCGGACACACACAGGGGAACAACCCUACAGAUGUAAAUACUGUGACCGCUCAUUCAGCAUCUCAUCCAAUCUUCAACGCCACGUCCGCAACAUCCAUAACAAGGAGAAACCCUUCAAGUGUCACCUGUGCAACCGCUGCUUUGGUCAGCAAACCAACCUCGACCGCCAUCUCAAGAAGCACGAGCAUGAGAACAUUCCUGUGAGCCAACAGUCCGGGAUGCUUUCCAACCUGGGAACCACCAUCUCCUCUCCAAACUCCGAGCCAGAAAAUCAUGCACUUUUAGAUGAAAAGGAGGACUCAUACUUCUCAGAAAUCCGCAACUUCAUUUCCAACAGUGAGAUGAACCAGGCCUCAAGCUCCACAGAAAAGAGAUCAGACCAAGCCGAGGAGGAACGCCCACCCAGCCACAGUUUGUCCAACUCCAAGCUAGGGCUCCAGGGUCUGGAGGAGGAGGACGAGGAAGUGGAGGGCGAUGAUGAGGAAGAGGAGGAAGGCAGCCUGACAGAGAAGUCUCUCGACGAAGCGCCUGAGUCCCCAUCUCCUGUCACAACAGGAGUGUAUGAGGAAGACGAGGAGGAGGAAGAGACGGAGGCAGCUCCGUUAGCUAUGAGCUAUGAACACACUCGCAGGUGUAUAGACGAGGGCUCUCUCUUGGACCUCGAGGGUCUCCCCAGCUUUCCCAAGAGCCUGGAGGGGUUACGUAAAGCAGCCAGUGACGAGCAACCCUUUGAUGUUAAAGACAUAUUUAACACUUCACUAGAGUCGGAGGCAUUGAAAGAGACAUUGUACAGGCAGGCUAAAACCCAGGCUUAUGCAAUGAUGCUGUCCCUCUCGGAGAACAACCCUUUGCACGCGCCCUCCCAGAACUCUCUGGAUGCUUGGCUGAGCUUGGGAGGUGGACCGUCUGAGACGAGCAGCUUUCACCCGCUCAACCACAUAUAGACCAGAGAGAGUGAGCGAGACGAAGUGGGAGAUUGAGUAGGAGGAACGUUAGUUUCACAAAUGGAUGGAAACAAAAGACUGAGUGAACAUGAGUAAUAGAAACGUGGACGCCGGAGAAUAAUUCAGUGUCACAAACAUUUAAGAUAGAAAAAAUAUGUUUGUGAGCAUAUGUGUGUUCAUUUGAGAGCAUAUGUGUGUGUGUGUGUGUGUGUGUG